AUGGGCUCGAACAUCGAAUUCAGUAUCGACGGUUUCGUGCAAUUCCUUGACCAAGGAAUUCUCUUCACCUCUGAGCUCCACGGAAUCUUUCUCCCGUCCAAAUCACUCGAUCGCGUUAUGCCUAUCCAUGCUAGAGAUAGCAAGGGCAAACACGUUGGCCUCGACGUGGUCUGCAAUGCAACAGAACUGUUUUACGAGGACAAGGAAGAAGAGAGCAGCGGAACGACUAUGAUCACGUUCGGGCAGGUUGAUCAUGCUCUUUUGAAAGAUUUGAAGGAGUAUAUGGAGAAGAACGAUUUGCAAGUCAUGGAGUGUGAGCAGUCAUUCUAUGACUACAAAAAGGGCAAAUCAACGACCGGGUUCAUGCCCAUGAUUUGGGUCUGA